AUGGUAUCCAAGCUACAACAAGACGAAUCUCCAGCUAAGACCUGGAGGAAUGCGAAACCAGCACGCCCCCUCUUGCAACUGACACAGUAUAUCGCUGCCAAUUUACAGGCCUAUUUAUUAGCUACGCUCACAUACAAUGUGAUAUACUUGAUGAAAGGCAACGAUCACACGCACGACCAUCGGUCCGAGGCCACCAUACUCUACCUAGCUUCCCUAAUGCGCAAUAUAGUUGGUACCGCCACCGUGUAUCUAUGGGCGAAAACAAAAAAGAGCUACAACCCACCGGAGAAGGCGGAGUUGGCAUGGAUCGAAGUGUUCCAUAUACUCUUGAAGAUGCUGAUCGUAAAUAGUGUUGUUGACACUCUAGAGGAGUACGUUGUAACCCACUACGUCGGAUUCGCCUCGGUCCAAUCAACCACGAAUAAAACAGGAUACGACGCAGCUGUGCUCUCGGUACCGGCCUUUGCAGCCAAACUCUUCGCGUGGGAGAUACUGUUCGAUUUGGGCUUUUACAUGGCGCAUAGGACUGUACACGCCUAUCCCUGGCUAUAUAGAUUGGCACAUAAAGAACACCACAGCCACCGCUACGUCACUGUACUGACCACGCAUCUCCAGAAUCCAAUCGACGGUACACUCAACAAUCUGAUUCCGUGCGUGCUAGCCUGUUUUCUGGUGCCCCGAUUCUCGCCAUUCGAAUUCCAACUCGUAAUGGCGUACAAAGUUUUGGGUGAAUUGGCUGGCCACACUGGCGCGGUAACAGAGCAAUCCUCGUUUCCGAUUCUGGUCCAAGUCCCAAGAUUGCUUGGCAUCGAACUUCGCACUAUCGACCACAACCACCACCACACACACAAUAUCGGAAAUUUCGGCAAGCGAUUCUCUCUUUGGGAUAAACUGCUCGGUACAUUCGUCACCCCAACCAACCUUGCUUGGCCACACAUUCCGACUGUGCUCUACACUCCCAGCCCACCAUUUUUUAUGCAGUGGUUCGGAAAGGCACCAACUGAAAAAAAGUCUCGAAAUAGCAGCAAGGAGGGUUCCCACAGUUUCGCGACGUCACUCACCUCGCGCCAAUGUAUCGAUAAGAAACUUCUGGAACUUGAGUCCAAAACUGGAAUUAAGACCGACGCAGAAAAGAUUUAUAGAUCUUACGGCAGGCGGCCGUCGUUAAGAUUCCAGAGGACAAGCAGAGUAAUUGAUGCUGAAUCUGAAAUGUCAGAGUCCGAGAGCGAUUUCGAUGAGUCAUGA